GCUCCGAAGAGUACCUCCCGUGUGUAUAAAUAGCCAGCUGUCCUCGCUCGGCGCCUCCACAAAUUAGCAAAGCCGCGCGCAUUACAUUACAUUACAUACAAACAUACACAGUUUGGCCGUUAAUUAGCCAGCGCUGACAAAUUAACCCUCGUCUUCGUCGCCUGACCCGCCGCCGACCGCCGUACGUGACCACCAACCAGGCUAUAGAGCUACCUCCAGCCGCCGGCCCGCGCGUCGUCCGCCGCGGUGUACGUACGUCUGCCGCGGAGCCACGCGCGCGGACAUGGCUCAGCUGAAGGCCGCGCGCGCCACCGACGUCCCGCCCGCCAUGCCGGACCCGGACCCGGACGUCGUCGCCGCCGACCUCGGCGCGUGCGUACGGCACGGGCGCGUUGACGGUUUGGCAGCAGGAAGCGGCAGGGCGGAGGCGACGGCGACGGCGACGACCACCGCGGCGGCGGCCGAUCAGGGACGACGACGGCCGCCGCUGGUGGUGGUAGGGCACCGCGGCAAGGGGAUGAACGCGCUGGCGUCGCCAGACCCGCGGCUGCGCGGCGACAUCAGGGAGAACACCCUCCGCGCCUUCAACGCCGCCGCCGCCAGCCACCCCGCCGUCGCCUACGUCGAGUUCGACGUCCAGGUGACCAGGGACGGCUGCCCUGUCAUCUUCCAUGACAACUUCAUCUACACGCAACAAGACGGCCAAGUCUCAGCGAAGCGUGUUACCGAGCUGAACCUGGACGAGUUCCUGUCCUACGGGCCGCAAAGAGACCAGGGGAAGGCCGGCAAGCCACUUCUCCGGAAACUCAAGGACGGGAGGAUCCUCAAGUGGGACGUGCAGUCCGAGGACGCGCUCUGCACGCUCCGUGAGGUCUUCGAGGGCGUCCACCGGCGUGUCGGCUUCAACGUGGAGCUCAAGUUCGAUGACGACCUCUUCUACACGGAGGAGAGGCUUACCUGCAUCCUAAAAUCCGUUCUCAAGGUUGUCUUCGAGCACGCCAACGACAGGCCCAUCAUCUUCUCCAGCUUCCAACCCGAUGCCGCGCAGCUCAUCCGCAAGCUGCAAGACAAAUACCCUGUGCUCUUCCUGACCAACGGAGGGACGCAGGUGUACGCCGACCCGCGUCGGAACUCGCUGGAGGAGGCCGUCAAGCUGUGCGUCGCCGGCGGGCUGCAGGGGAUCGUGUCGGAGGUCCGGGCGAUACUCAGGCAGCCGUCGGCGGUGGCCAAGAUCAAGGAGGCCAACAAACUGUCGCUGAUGACCUACGGUCAGCUCAACAACGUGGCGGAGGUGGUGUACGUGCAGCACCUGAUGGGGGUGGACGGCGUCAUCGUCGACCUGGUGCAGGAGAUCGCGGAGGCCGUGUCGGCGUUCACGGUCGUUACGGCCGUGCAGGCGUCGGGCUCCCAGGACGGCGGCGGCAUCGUGGUCGGCGAGAGGAUGGAGACGGCUGCCGUGGCGGUGGCAGGGACGCCGAGCUUCUCGCCGCGGGAGGUGUCCUUCCUCCUGAGGCUCAUUCCCGAGCUAGUGCAAUAGCGCGUUCUUGCUGCUUUGCUGGUGGAAUCUCGCGACGAGAUCCUCUGUAUCCGUAGAGUUAGGUCACUAACGUGUGAAUCCGGCCUUUUUGUUUGUCAACUGAAAUCGAAAAAGGUUAUGGGUU